UAGCCUAUUAGGGUUUUGCAACCAUACCAGAAAAACAGAAUCGAAAUAAACAUUGAAUCCUUUUCUGAUAUCAUAUCAUUUUGCUUUUACUCUCUCUGCUCAACCCACUGUAUCAUCUGCUUUACUUCACUUAUCUCUGUCUUUGGAUUUAGUUUUAGACUUUCAGAGUCAAAAAGGGCCAUCAUUUGCUUCCAUCUUUCGGCUUUAUUUAUUUAUUUUCAUUUUUUAAAAUAUACUUUUUUGGAAGCUUACAUGUGAAGCAAAUUUCAGCUUUGAAUGAACCAGUGUCAUCGAAUUUGCUCUCUCAACUGCAAUUUUUCAAAUGGGUAUAGUGUUUGAAGUUUUUUCUUUCUUUCUGGUAAAUGGGUUAUAGUUGUAUUUUAUUUCCUUUGAGCUUCAAAUCCUGAAACGGUUUUUUUCCUUGGCAAAACUUUCAUCCAUCUUGUGAGGUGAAUCCAAGGCUAAAAGGGGUGAUGGAGGAUAUAGUGCUGUAUAAGCAAGGUUGGAAAUGGUUAAAAUCUCAGAAGCAUGUUUAUUCCAAGGCGAAAACAGCUGUUGGUUGUUGUAGAGAUAAAAUGGGGUUGUUAAUUGAGAAGCAUUGGCCUAUGGUUUGUAGUGCAUUUCUUAAUCUCUGGAAGUUCUCAAGGUUGCUUUUGGUUUAUUGGAAAGAUUGUUUGGUGAGAGGGUUUCAGUCAUGUAGCAGAUUGGGUUCAGCUUCCUUGCUUGUUAUAAUGUGGAGUUGUUUCCUCAGCUUGACUUCCAUGUCUCGCUUACUCUAUCUACUUCUAAGUAUGGGAGCUGCUGGAGCUGCCAUUCAGAACUUAGGUUACACUCCCGGACUCUUUAUUGUAGGAUUGUUCAGCAUUUUGAUACUAUGGAUGUAUGCUAACUUUUGGAUGACGGGAACACUCUUUAUAGUUGGAGGUUAUAUGUUCUCCUUAAGCCAUGCACGGUUGAUAGUCUUGAUAGCAACUACAUACUCUAUUUACUUUGUCAAAGAUCGAGUUGGUUGGCUUGGUGUUUUCCUAUCAAUAAACCUUGCAUUUCUCUCGAACGAUGUAUUGAAUUAUUUGGUCCAACGUUUUGAUAAUGUGAGUGAAACCGCACAUUAUGAAGAGCCAAAGGAAUCCAAACCAGUUAUGGAAGAUGAUUUGUCUGGGGAAUGUGAAUACUCAAAUCCUAGUAUUGACUCUGAGAAGGUGCAGCCAUGCAAGUCAUCUAGCAAGUCUGCUACUACAUCUGUUAUUAACCAAAAAGAGGUUUCUGCAAAAAGAGUGGUCAAGGAAGAAACGAGUUCAGCUGAUGAAAUGACAAGAAUAUUGAAUUGCACUGAUCAUUAUCAAGCACUGGGGAUUCCUCGUCAUACAAAAAUUGACACUGCAGUCUUGAAAAAGGAAUAUAAAAAGAAGGCAAUGCUUGUACAUCCUGAUAAAAAUAUGGGGAGUCCUUUAGCUAGUGAAUCAUUUAAGAAACUUCAAUGUGCUUACGAGGUUCUUUCUGAUUCCGUGAAAAAGAGGGACUAUGAUGAGCAAUUAAGAAAGGAGGAAUCCAGGACUCGGAGUGUCUGUCAAGAGUCCCAUAGCUCUUCACGGCAGCAGCCCAGUCCAGACUAUUGCUCUGAAGAAUCAAGGCGUAUACAGUGCACUAAGUGUGGUAAUUCACAUAUAUGGGUAUGCACAAAUAGGAACAAGGCCAAGGCUAGAUGGUGCCAGGAUUGCUGUCAAUAUCAUCAAGCCAAGGAUGGAGAUGGGUGGGUUGAGUACAAAGGUUCCUUGGUGUUUGAUAGGCCUCAAAAGGUGGAAAUACCACGUGCUUUUGUUUGUGCCGAGAGCAAGAUCUUUGAUGUUUCAGAAUGGGCUAUUUGUCAGGGAAUGGCAUGUAGACCAAACACCCAUCGACCUAGCUUCCAUGUAAACAUGGUUGGAUUGGAGAAGACACAAAGGUCCAACACAAGCAGAUAUCCUUGGGAUUUGGAUGCUGAAAUGAUUGAUGAAGAUGAAGAAUUCGAGUUAUGGCUUCAGCAGGCCUUAGCCUCUGGCCUCUUUUGCGAAACCUCUAAACGUAGAAAGAGUUGGAGUCCGUUUAAAUUGCCUCAGAAGAAAAGUAAAAGGCAGUGGCGAAGAUCUUCAACCUGAAUACUUGAUUCGAGGCAUUCUGCAAAGAAUUUCACUUUCCAGCCAAAGAGACAUACAACUAAGGACAAGACGGUUUAUGAAGGGGGAAGCGAACGAAAAAGGAAUAAGAAAAAGAGGGGGGAAAUCUUAGAAAAGGAUGAAAAGAAAAGAUAAGCAAAGAAAAGAUGGGUUUUGAGUUAUAAGAGAGAUGCCAUACAUUGCCUACUACCAUCUCAUUGAAUUUCAGGAUUUAGGCAAGGAAAAGAAAGUGUGGAGUUGCAUGCAUCCAUCCAUACAUGCAUACAGGUGUGACUUUGCCUUUUUAUGGCAAAUAUAAGAUCAAAGGCAUUUUCUGGUACAAAUCUGUUUUCUUAAGCUCCUUUGCUUGGCAAUUCUCAUUUCAAUGUUGGAUCAAAAUUGAUCUUUUUGUAUAUUUAUACUACUACAACUGCUGCUCUGUAGUUGUAAUGAAAUUAGCUGCCACUUCUUUCGGGCU